GAUCCCACCUUGGCUGGGACGGAGAGCAGCACCAACGACAUCUCCCACUACAUUGGUAUGUUGGACCCAUGGUACGAGCGCAAUGUUCUUGGGCUGAUGAACCUGCCCAUGGACGUCCUGUGUCAGUCUGCCAAGCCAGAGGCUGAGUCCCAGGAGGACUCGCAGGAGCAGCUGCCCAUCCUGGCCGACAUGAUCCUCUACUACUGCCGCUUCGCCACGCGCCCCGUGCUGCUGCAGCUCUACCAGACGGAGCUCACCUUCAUCGGGGGAGAAAAGAUGACCGAAGUCUUCAUCCACUCCCUCGAGCUGGGCCACUCGGCGGCCACACGCGCCAUCAAGGCGUCAGGUCCAGGCAGCAAGAGACUGGGCAUAGAUGGAGACAGAGAAGCAAUCCCACUAACACUACAGAUCGCCUACAGCAAGACAGCCAUCAGUGGAAGAAGUCACUGGAACGAUGUUGAGAAGGUCUGCACAUCUGUCAACCUUAGCAAAGCCUGCAAGAAAUAUGAAGAACUAGCCUCAAAGACAGAGUGUCUCAACCUGACCAUGACGGAGGUGGUCAAAAGGCAAAACUCCAAAUCCAAAAAAAGCUUCAAUCAGAUCAGCGUGUCCCAGAUAAAAGUAGACAAGGUCCAGAUUAUCGCUCUCCAGUCCUCCUUUGCCGUGUGCCUGGACCAGGAUGAGCAGAAGAUCCUACAGAGUGUCACCAGGUGUGAGAUCUCUGUGUGCUACAAACCCAGGGACAGCGAUCUCUUUGCACUGAGGAGGUCCUCUUUGCCUCCCCAGGACCCCACCGAGUUUCAUUCUCUCCUGUGUUUACCCAUUGCCACCUUCAGUGGAGCACUGCCGUAG